ACUCGUAAUUGAGUGAGUUAUAUUAUUCCAGGACCCCUAUAAGUAGCGAUAUUCGACAAGGGACUCCAGUCUGAGAACUCUACAGUAAUCCUACUCGUCCAGCAUUCAAUCUUCAUUAUGUACAAAUGCACCGCCAUCCUCCUCCUUUCGUGCCUGCGCCUAUCCAGAGCAAAAUUUAUCAACCACCGACAACGUCUCACACCGCCACCAGAAUGCGACGUCAUCCCCGUCUGGGAGGUGACCACCUUUGAAUGGUUCAACUCGUCUCACAACCUAGACUGCGCCGACGAGUCUAACGUCCCCAACGUCUGCAUAAACAGCACCGCCUCAGGCCAAGCAAUCCCCUGCGACAGCAACGCCGGCCCUUGCCUCGAAUGCGGCCUCGAAGCAUGCCUCGUCGGCCUCCCCUUGCAGCCGGCCGGCUAUGGCCCCCCGGACAACAUUACCAUCGGCAUCGCCUCCACGUACCCGUGGUACUCGAGCUGCGCCGAGACGAACCCACAGGCCAUUCGUCGUUGGGAGGUCGGUGACGGUAUUGUGUUUUGUGGCGGGGUAGCAUAUUAUGUAAACUUUAUUGGUGAUAGCAACUCAGCUGUUGGCCCUGGACAUAUUGACUUUGACCCUAUCACUUCGUGGGAUUGUACAAAUGGGAGCACUAUCACGGCUAGUGGGAGCGUGGACUUUGAAAUCGCCUGCACGAGGGAUGCGUAUAACAACGCCACCUGCGUGAUCCCUGCGAACAAGACGGUCAUCAUCCCAAUCCUGUCGUACACCAUUGACUAGGACCGAUUGUUGGAGAGUUCUCAGAGUUAGGAUCUGUGGCCAUGAUGUGGUAAAGGGGACCAGGUCAUUGUAGUGAGUAGGGGAUCAGGGCAUUGAACCUCAAGCUCCCGACAAUCAACCACACACGACUAGUAUGUAAAGCACACAUACAACAGACAGACCAGAUUUUCAAGAUCUCCACGAACCCCC